AUGUUGGAAGAGGGAAACCGUCCCAGUCCGGUCGAUAAGCCGACAACAAUACCAACCACGGUGGAAACGCUGGUGGACCACCCCAGAGGCGAUGGUUCCUCCCCUCAAAACUCGGUGCAGUUUCGAAGCCAUGGAAUAGAAGACAUUUCGCGGGGACAAGAGACGGAAUAUGAGGGCGACUCGUCCCUAGCUGCACAUGCGAAUUUCACGGCACGGGUGUUGGAGGGUGCAGUGACAACAGACUUGUCCAUGUCACGAUGCGGUGAAUUGGCCUCGAUGAUACGAAACAUGCAGCACGCCAAUAUGUCGGCAUCAGCCAAUGACGCUGACAACAUGGGUAACAACGGUCCAACACCUGCUUCGGAACCUCGGCGACCAUCCUUGCCCCCGGUGCAACUGACGCUAAAUUGUCUGCGCAUGUUGAAAGAGAACCCAGUGAUGAGGUUCUUCUGGUCCAUGGAGUUUGAAUCAGUCGGCCAAGUUACCGAGCAGUUGCUCAGUGCUGACUCGACAGACACGCGACCAUCCCCGGCGGAGUUGAUCAUCACGUAUAUUGGUCUUCACUGGCUGUUUACACAAUGCAGUCAUUUUGCCAUGGAUCCCGCGAUCAAAUCGAGUUGCGCUGCUGAAGCACAAGGAUGCCGCGAGCACGCCGACGUGGUCCUCGCGCAGCUGCCAUUCCAUCUACCCGCGAACAUGGAUCAUGUCCUCGCCCUGACUAUGGCUGUAAGUGCACAUCUGCCUCCAGUGCUGUUCGUGCGGUCCAUAUCCAAGGACAUGAUUUGA